AUGGCCGCAAGACAGUCGCCAUUUGAUCUAUCGAAAUGUGCGCGCAAGAAUAUCCUGCAAUUGCAUCCCUACCGCUGCGCAAGGGAUGACUACAAAGACGAUGGGACGAAUGUCCUGCUAGAUGCGAACGAGAAUGCAUAUGGCCCUGGACUUGCUCUGAACUCCCAGGGCGCACUUCUGACAGACGAUGCGACCGGAUCCUCCAAACCUGAGAUUGAUCUGCUGGGAUUGAACAGAUACCCGGACCCCCACCAAGUUGAAUUGAAGAAGCUGUUCUGUCAAUACCGCAACACCCACCACCACACUCCGAAGACCCUACAACCCGAGAAUCUCUUUGUCGGCGUCGGCUCCGAUGAGGCCAUCGAUGCGCUAUUGAGAUGUUUCUGCAUUCCGGGGAAGGAUAAGAUCCUGACUUGUCCUCCUACGUAUGGCAUGUAUGCGGUCAGUGCAGAGGUGAAUGACGUGGAAAUCGUCAAGGUGCCUCUAGAUGUCAACAAUGGCUUCCAGCUCCAACCGGACAAGAUCAACGAGACGCUUGCGGCAGAUGCGUCCAUCAAGAUGGCGUACAUCUGCUCCCCGGGGAACCCCACAGCCAACCUAAUCCGCAAGUCCGACAUCCAGAAGGUCCUGGAGCACCCAACGUGGAACGGAGUGGUCGUGGUGGACGAGGCUUACAUCGACUUUGCGCCGGAGGGUUCUAGCCUUGCCGAGUGGGUGACCGAGUGGCCGAAUCUAGUCGUGAUGCAGACCUUGAGCAAGGCGUUUGGACUGGCCGGGAUUCGUCUUGGCGUUGCAUUUACGAGUUCCCCCAUCGCAACGCUCUUGAAUAGCCUAAAGGCGCCUUACAACAUCUCCAGUCCAACUAGUACCCUUGCUACGGCAGCGCUUUCACCGGCCAGUAUGGCGGUGAUGCGCAGUUACCGGGAACAAAUCAUCGCACAGCGGGAGCGACUCAUCGCGGAGCUCCCUAAGAUUCCGGGGGUGGGUCGAUUCCGCGGGGGACAGGAGUCCAACUUUGUCCUGGUUGAAUUGUUGGACAAGCCCGCCCGUGACGGGGGAAAGCCCAGCAAUGAGGUUGCAUUGGCGGCGUACGAGAUGAUGGCUGAGAAAGGGGGGGUGGUGGUGCGGUUCCGGGGCAAGGAACUGGGGUGCCUAGGAUGCCUGCGGAUUACAGUGGGGACGGAGCAAGAGGUGUCCAAGUUCCUGCAGGAACUGCGCGUGGUGCUUGAGGGUCUCAGGGGGUAG